CUCCUGCUAGCCCAGCUCAGCCUUUUCAACCCAAUGUUGCUCCAUCAAUUGACAAAGUUACAAAUUGGCCAAAGCCUACUCCUCCGCCUCGAAUUUUGUCAAGUCACCAAGGUCCGACUUCUUCUGAACAAUUCUCAACAACAGAUAUGGGUUCAGCAAGACCUUCGAUGCUAUCUCCCGGCAUGGCAUUAAUUCUUUCUCAGAGUACAUUCACGUAUGAAGAGCUAAAAAUAGCAACAGAUGGUUUCUCCAAUGUCAACCUACUCGGGCAAGGUGGUUUUGGCUAUGUUCAUAAGGGAAUGCUUUCGAGUGGGAAAGUAGUUGCAAUCAAGCAGUUAAAAGCUGGAAGUGGACAAGGGGAGAGAGAAUUUCAAGCAGAGGUUGACAUCAUCAGCCGCAUCCAUCACAGACACCUUGUUUCCCUUGUUGGUUACUGCAUUUCUGGUGCUCAGAGAAUUCUUGUAUAUGAGUUUGUUCCAAAUGGCACGCUGGAAUUUCAUUUGCACGGGAAGGAUCGCCCAACUAUGGCUUGGCCUAGGAGAAUGAAGAUUGCUUUAGGUUGCAAGGGGCUGGCAUAUUUGCAUGAGGACUGUAAUCCCAAAAUUAUUCACCGUGACAUCAAGGCUUCUAAUAUUCUUCUAGACGUCAAUUUUGAGGCAAGGGUUGCAGAUUUUGGACUUGCAAAGAUUGCUUUUGAUACAGAUACUCAUGUAUCGACUCGAGUAAUGGGAACUUUCGGCUACCUGGCUCCGGAGUAUGCCUCCAGUGGGAAGCUUACUGACAAAUCGGAUGUCUUUUCUUUUGGAGUUGUGCUUCUAGAGUUGAUAACCGGGCGUCGUCCAAUUGACAAGAGUCGACCCUUUGUUGAAGAUAGCAUGGUUGAUUGGGCAAGGCCUUUGCUCACACAAGCCUUAGAAGAUGUCAAAUUUGAUGCCAUUGUUGAUCCAAAAUUGCACAAGGAUUACGAUACCGAGGAAAUGACUCGGAUGAUUGCUUGUGCUGCUGCUUGCGUUCGUCAUUCUGCACGACACCGUCCGCGAAUGACACAGGUCGUUCGAGCAUUGGAAGGAAACCUCUCUCUGAGUGAUUUAAAUGAAGGAAUUGUGCCCGGACAUAGCAGAGCAUAUAGUCCUUAUGGAAGCUCAGAUUAUGACACCAGUCAAUAUCAGGAGGAUUUAAAGAAAUUUAGGAUGAUGGCCUUGGAAAGCCAAGAACAAGCCACAAGCGAGUUUAGUGGCCCCACUAGUGAGUAUGGCCUUCAUCCAUCCAGCUCAAGCAGUGGGUUUCAACAGACUACCCAAGAGAUGGACUUGGGGAAAAUGGCAGAGGAUGGUCGUCAUGCUAAUGAAGGCUCGUAAUAUUAAUAUUAUCUGGGAGGCUAGGCCCUAAUUCCACAGUUCCACGGUAUGUCUGCAAGAUUCGUGCUUCGAGGAGAAACAUCUUCCGGAAGAAGAAAGUUCAUGCUCUGCUUUGGCCUGUGGCUGCAUGGUGUGAGUUGUUACUUGUAGAUUGAAAUGGAUUAGAUUUGGGAAAGGCAAAAGGUACAUCAGGUGUCAGUACGUUUGUGUUGCUGAUUUGAGUAGUAUAGCUUGAGGUAUUUUAAAGAUUGUCGUCACUGCUAGAGAAAUGUAUAAGAAAGGAAGGACGAAAAAGUAGGAGGCUCGAAAGUUGGGAAGCAAUGGCGGAUCCGGUUCAAUUUAUUACCCUCAGAUGAGUUUCUAUGAUUGUCAUCAGCUCGUACUCUUCCCAUUACUUUCUCGAAGAAUGAAUCUGCAAAAUUUGGUUAAUCCAAAUUGCUAUAGUUGCUUAAAUUCUUUACAUGCUGGUCCAAAUCAAUGUGAUAAUUUAUGUGGAUUUUUGUAGACCCGUUAAAUGAGUGGAUUGGAUCGAAAAUGGUCCUAUUUAUUUAA